ACUAUUAUAUGAAUUGGCUAUUAAAUCGCCUGCAGAUGAUUUGGAGCCCAUGGUAGGCUAUACUAUUAAACUUGCUCUUAUCUCAGGCACAAUAUCUUCCCAGCACACCAACUCAUUCGGCCCAUUUGACGGAGGAGCGGAAGUGAACAACCGCGCCACGCCAUGGGGCGAAGCGAGUCGGCGUCCGCAGGAUUUCCCUCUCCGCCCGUGCCCUAAACCGCUCGCCGCCGGCGACGUUGCGCCCCCGACCGCGAGUGGGCCGGCGGCGAUGUCCGGCCCCGUCGUUCCCCUCGCCUGGACGGCUCAAGGGCCCUGCGAGCCCUCCCCUGGCUCUGGCCCGCUCCCCGUUUCCGCCGCCGCUAGCGAUCCGCCGGCGCCCUCCUCGUCGGUGCCCGCCGGCGGUCGUGAGCCCUCCGCUAGCGGGCUGCCCCCCGCGGUGACUCCUCAGCUUGGGGAUCAUGAUCAAGGUGGUUUACCUAACUGUGUGCCAAAAGUGGGGAUGACCUUUAAUUCAGAGAACGAAGCUUAUGAUUUCUACAACUCCUAUGCUAGAAAUGUUGGGUUUAGUAUCCGGAAGAACCACGCAAAUACUAGGGCGGAUGGGAGUCUUUGCUCCAAAUAUUUCCUGUGCAGCAAUGAAGGGCAGCCGGUGGCAAGCACUACCCAGCCGGGGCGGAAGAAACGUUCUUCAACAAGAUCUGAUUGCAAGGCUCGUCUUCAGUUCUAUAUUUCCCGAGAAGGUAUCUGGACAGUGCAGAAGGUUGAGCUCGAUCAUAAGCACUAUCUCGUAAGUCCUGAUAAGUCACACAUGUUAAGGUCCCAGCGCCGUUUGACACCGUCAUAUCAACAGAUAGUGAAUGAAAUGCGGCAAGAAGGUAUUACAGCAGCUGAUAUGCAAAGAGUAUUUCGGCAAUGGUCCAGGGGAGCUGAAAAUGUGCAUCUUCUGAAGAAAGAUACUCAGAGAAAGUACCUCCAACCAAGUUAUGCACAGAAAUUGCUUGAGUAUUUGAAGAACAAACAAACAGAAAAUCCUUCAUUUUUUUAUGCAGUUCAGCUGAAUGAUGAUGGUCGAAUAGCAAACUUCUUCUGGACAGAUUGUCAAGCUAUUGUGGAUUAUGCUUGUUUUGGUGAUGUCGUGUCUUUUGAUACAACAUUUGAAACAAACAAGUUUGAAAUGCCGUUUGCUCCAUUUGUGGGGACUAACCAUCACAAACAACCCAUUUUGUUUGGAGCUUCGCUGAUAUAUGAUGAAUCUUCAGAGUCUUUCAAUUGGCUGUUUCAAACCUUCCUUACGGCAAUGUCUGGGAAGCAACCGGCAACAAUUUUCACAGAUCCCUCUGCUGAAAUAAUAAAGUCUGUUAGGUUAGUGUUUCCAAACUCAAGUCACCGCCUGUGUUUGCGGCAUAUCUGUCAUAAUGCUGUUAAGCAUUUGAAUCACGUAAUUUGCAACCAUCCAGAAUUUCUAUCUGAUUUUAAGAGACGUAUCUAUGAAGAAAGGUCUGUAACGUUCUUUGACUUGAAGUGGAAGGAAUUGGUUAACGCAUAUAAUCUAGACGGCAAUGAUUGGAUGAAUAAUUUAUAUGCAAUGCGUGAAAAGUGGGCUGCUGUGUAUUCCCGUGACUCAUUUUACGCUGACAUGAUGACAAUCCAAAAUGCUGAAGGCACAAGUGAUGCAUUGAAGAAUUUUCGGAGGAAACUCUGCCUUCCAGAAUUCUUAGAGGAGUAUGAGAAGUGCAUAACUAGUUUCCGCCAAAAUGAACUAGAAGCAGAUUAUAAUUCCCGUCAAACCAGUCCGGUUCCCUAUGUUCCUGAUUUGCCUAUGUUGAAGACGGCUGCUGAGUCCUAUACAAGGAAUUUGUAUUCGCAUUUUGAAGAAGAAUUCAAAAAAUUGUUCACUCUGUCUUGUUCGUUGCUAUCACAAGACAGAACAAUCAGUACUUACAAAUUGACACCUUUAAAUUCUGAAGAAGAAGCAUAUGUUGUUUUUAAUUCUGAGGAUACAACAGUAUCAUGUUCUUGCAGGAUGUAUGAGUGCACAGGUAUGCUAUGCAAGCACGCGCUGCGAGUCCUUAACUACAGCAAUAUUUUUACAUUCCCCUCACACUAUGUUUACAAAAGGUGGACAAAAUAUGCAAAAGCCGGACUAUUUGGCUGCAGAAACAAUUCCCAAAGCGGCAAUGGAAGUUCGAUGUUAAGAUGUGCGCGUAUAUCUCAAAAGAUGCACUCAGUUGCUCUAAGAUAUUCGAUGUCAGAAAAGGCGCUUCAGUUUUUGGAAAGUGGGGUAGAUAAGUUGACAUGUGAAGUAGAAAAUUUACUUAGUCACAUAAACUUAAAUGGAAAUGGAAAUGAUACCGGUCAAUCUUCUGGUUUUUGCAAUGGUGCAAUGGCAGAAAGUUUAGGCCAUUCAGAAUCAAUGUACAGCGAAGGGGCCUAACCGCCUAACCUGCAAAAAUACUAGAAAAAAGUGUUCUCAAGGAGGAAAAUGGAAAUGCACUGCUAGAAGGAGAGGCACCUACAAUCAACUGUUAUUUUCUGUUUAUGUUAAAUUCAAAUCUCAGUUCUUAACUGUGUGAGGCACUACUCCAAAAAGGAAAAAAAAUUCAAAGAGAAUCAUGUUGGUCUCAUCAUAGAUAGAGGGCAUCCAAUUCUCUAGUUGCUGUAGUUCUCUUAACUUUUUCUCCUCUUUGUUCAGGGAUGAAUCAUACAUAAUUCUGGGCAUAUCAUCAGCUCUCCAUCUACUUGGAGUUAACUUCCUACCACUUCCGUCUUCGUCCAAAGCGAGGCAGAGUCCAUAAAACUCUAGUUCGGUGAUUUGCCGAUGUUGUUUCGCCAUCUGCGUUUGAACUGCUGUGCUUAAUUUGGUGAUCCGCUAGAAAUGCACUCAAAAUAUAGCAGCGUAGGAUAGUUCUAAAAAUGUCCGAUAUGUUAUAUUUUAGGACGAAGAGUACAUGUAAGGAACAAGUGCGUAGGAGCAGUAACUUGUUUAGGAGUAGCUCUGCACAAUGAAAAUAGUAUUCUGGUUCUCUGUUGCCUUUCUGCCUAUAUACAGUACUCCCUCGGUUUUUUAAUAGGUGAUGUCAUUGAGUUUUAAACAUACGUUUCAGUUUCAUCAUUCGUUUUACUUAAAAAUUUUAUGCAAAUCAUGCUUAAAAGACUUUAAGUGAUAAAACAACUCACAACAAAAUAAAUUGUAAUUACGUAAAUUUUUUGAAUACCACAAAUGGUCAAACAUGUGACUUUUGAAAAAAGUCAACGGUGUCAUUUAUUAAAAAAAUCUGAGAGAGUAUUUAUUUAUCUUCCAAAAUGUGCAAUGUGUUAGUUUCGAAUUGAGAUCCACUGCAGUCCUAACUGUGGCUGCGAGUUAGGAACUGCACAUCAUCUCAGUCAUCCAUUUUUCCAGUGAACGGUCUAGAUCUGAUGCUAUAGUGCUGCUGCUACAGUAGUUCUGCAGUUUUUUUCAGAUGUGAACAGUACUUUGUAGAUUCUAGACCCUUGGAUUUGCAUCAAAAGUUCCUAGUGUGACUGCUCACACUAGGUGUUGCACCGGAUCCAAAUCCGUUAGUUUCUGUUGGCUAUCAAGGUCGCUGUUGACCAGAGUCUGCCGCUGCGUGCCCUCAGCCUAGGUGCAGCUCGCGCCGUUGGAUCACUUGGUCGAAGCGUGUCCGUGUGCCACGUCAUCGUGUACACCACACCACACCAGCUUCGAGCUCUGAUUGGUUGGCUGACGUGUCCGUCUCCACGCCUAUUUAUUCGCUCUUCCCGCGCGCGUCCCGCCCGGCGACGGCGACCUCACCGGCGUCGACGUCACCGGCCGACGACGACGAGACUUCAGCGAUGACCACCGCCCAGCCACUCCAGCACGAGCAUGACCCGUCCCCGCCGGAGCCGGACGCCGACGCCGACGACGAGGAGGAGGAGUCGCGGGUGUGGUCCCAGAUCAAGGCCGAGGCGCGCCGCGACGCCGACGGCGAGCCGGCGCUGGCGUCGUUCGUGUACGCCACCGUGCUCUCCCACCCCACCCUCGCCGGCUCCCUCGCCUUCCACCUCGCCAACAAGCUCGCCUCCUCCUCCACGCUGCUCUCCUCCACGCUCCUCUACGACCUCUUCGCCGCCGCCCACGCCGCGCGCCCCGACCUCCGCGCCGCCGCCGCCGCCGACCUCCUAGCCGCGGGCGCCCGCGACCCGGCCUGCGCGGGCCGCCUCUCCCACUGCCUCCUCGACUACAAGGGCUUCCUCGCCGUCCAGGCCCACCGCGUCGCGCACGCGCUCUGGGCGCAGGGCCGCCGCGCCCUGGCGCUCGCGCUCCAGUCCCGCGUCGCCGAGGUCUUCGCCGUCGACAUCCACCCGGCCGCCGCCGUGGGGAGCGGCGUCCUCCUGGACCACGCCACCGGGGUGGUCAUCGGCGAGACCGCCGUCGUCGGCGACGGCGUGUCCAUCCUCCACCACGUCACGCUGGGCGGGACCGGCGAGGCCGUCGGCGACCGGCACCCCAAGGUCGGCGACGGCGUGCUCAUCGGCGCCGGCGCGACCAUCCUCGGGAACGUCAGGAUCGGCGCCGGCGCCAAGAUCGGGGCCGGGUCGCUGGUGCUCGCCGACGUGCCGCCGGGGGCCACGGCGGUGGGGAACCCGGCGAGGCUGCUGCUCGGCGGGGACCAGCGCGGCGGCGCGCCGGCCGGUGAAUCCAUGGACCAUGCCUCCUUCAUGCUGGAGUGGUCGGAUUACACCAUUUGAGUAGGAGUGGCAUCGUACGGACUACAUUUGUACUACUCCUUAGCCAUGUGUUUGUACUUGCCUGUAAAUGCAAGUGUGUAAGCAGAGUUAGCUUGUAACCACCUGAAUUUCGUCGAAUUUUACCAAUUCUGCUGAAUCCCAUCGAAUUAUACCAAUACGCGCCCUGUUGAUAAGGUCGAAAACCGAGCAGUUACUGUCGGUUUUGUGAACCUUUUGCUUCCGACACAUGUACUGAAAAUUCACCUGUAAUUUCGCAAAAGUUCCUUAAAAUUUCGGCAUAUGUGCUUUUGAUUUUUA